AAUCCUCAAGAUUAGCAAGGAAAUCUAGCAUACUCAAAAGUACCCACCAAAAUGUCUACGAUGAAGGCGGUCCUGCUGGACCGUUCUCAUCAACCUCCAGCCUUGCGCUUAACGGAGGAAUACCCUCGACCACACCUCGUGCCCGGAAAAUUGCUGGUCAAAGUCAAAGCGUUUGCCGUCAAUCAUGCUGACGUGAUGACGAGAAAAGGCAGUGGUGCUAAAGGACCUGCGCCAACAGCAGACAUUAUUGGAAUAGAGUUGAUUGGACUCGUCGUGGGUGUCUCAUCCGAGUUAGAGAGAGCACGUGAUGUCUCAGAACAACGCACUGGACCGCAAGGCGCUCGCUACCGGUCCGGCGAUAUUGUGGCUGGCGUCAUGGGAGGGCUGGGUAGAUUCUGCAACGGCAGCUACUCCGAAUACGCUCUCUUGGAUCCCGACUGCGUCUCUGCUCCUUUGCCAGUAGGGGAUGCUGCGCAGAUUUCAACGUCCACUCUGAUAUCCCUUGCCGCAAUCCCGGCAACUUUUUUGGCAGCUUACGGUGUACUUGUCACAAGUCUUCAGAUACAACCGGAGGACACGCUUCUCGUUCACGGGGCUUCCUCUUCCAUCGGUAUGGCUACUGCAUCGCUUGCAAAACAUCUGUACAAUGUUAAGAAAGUCGUGGGAACAACGCGUGAUGCAGGAAAGGCUGCCCGAUUGAAAACCGCCGGUUUCGACGAGGUUCUCGUGAGGCCUCAUCAAGACGACUCCAGCAUCGAAGAGCAAGCAAAAUCUAUAAAAGAAGCAGCAGAAGAAAUGGCAGGGUUCACAGCACAGGUCGAUUUGAUUGGCGCUGAUCACAUACCAGUUGCACUGGCUUGUGCCAGGUCACCGGGUGGUGCAAGGGUCUGCCAGGCGGGCAUGCUGGCAGGCGCGUACUUCUGCACCGAACCUUUCAGUCCCAUGGCCAUUCCCGUCGGCGUCUAUCUCUGCGGCUAUAGCAGCUCGUUUGCAGAUCAUCUCAAUCCUCUUCGCGAGUUGGUGACCGCGGUACUCCAGAAGAAGCUCCCUACAAAUGUGGACAAGGUCUUCAGGAUCGAAGAUGUCCCUCAGGCGCAUGAAUACUACGAGAGGAGUACCCGAUGUGGAAAAGUCGUCUGCUUAAUAGAUUAA